GCCGGAAGCCGCCGAUUUAUGAGUGAGCGAUUAUUAAUGGUAAUCUCCACAUUUCUAGUGCCGACUGCUUUUUUUAUUCCAUAACUCCUGAACGAUCUUCAUCAUCAGAAAAUGGCUUUAUAAUGGUCGAACAUGAUCCUGGCACCGCUUAAUUUCGUCUGUCUUAUAUGGACGGUUCACUUAUGGUACAGGGGAUGCCAUGGACAGGCUAUCAGUAUUUUUGACGAGAAGCAUCACCUGAGCCGUGUAGUGUCGUUGUUAUCCGGAACGGAUAAUGCGACGUGGAGGAAUGGUCUGACAAUCACUGCCAGUCCGUUCGCAGCUAAUGAUCUCUUCUAUAAUGCCAAUGCCAUUUGCAGAUCUCUAAAGAACGGCUCUUGGGUUUUGAUUGGCCUGGCUGAUACGGAGAGCGCCAAUCAACUACGCUGGUACAGUAGCGCGCUGCAUGUCCCGGUGGUCCUUCGCUCAGCCUAUAAGCAAGCGGACUUUCCGAAACAGUCGGAUGCCGUCUACCACUUUGAUGUACAACCGGCGAUCAUCAAUGCGGUGCUGGAUAUUGCCACGGCCGUCUACAACUGGACGGAGGCCUUCUACAUCACCAAUUCCAACUCCAAAAACGAUGGCGCCCAUCUGGUGUUCGACGACAACCCGGGCGGUGGAUACUUACCACACCGCCUGCGUGCCCUCUUCUUCCAGAUGGAUUCGCUCCUGGAAGCCGUCAAUUACGUCACCGCCACCGUCCUACGCUCCGGGAUUAAAGACUGGCGGAUGAUCCUGGAUAUUCCCGCGGAUUUAGCCCGCAGUUUAAUGAUGAUGCUGCUGAGUAAUCUGACGGUGCGCGAGCGGCAUUUCCACUUUAUUAUAGCCUCGCUGGACGCGGAGGGAGUUGAUUUCGAGCUGCCACAACUGACGACCAGUCGACUGACCAUACUGUCCAUGAUACAGAAUAUUUCAGUCACUCAACCCAGCAAAAAUUUGACGACGUCGGAUGCGCUGGCUUUCGAUGCGGUCAACUUUGUCCUAGCGGCAUUGCAGCGGAGCAAUAACAGCGCCGUACCCAGUAGAUCCUUGAACUGUACCGCCGUGCCGUACGAUGUAUGGAGCGAUGGAUCUGCUGCUCGACAGCUGCUGAAAACUACGGUUUAUUCGGGUCUGACCGGGAUGCUGGAGUUUAACGAUCUCGGCAACCGCAAGAAUUUUGAAUUAACCAUAUGGGAGAGAAAUGACGGUGGACCUUUCUGGAAGAAAGGCAUCUGGAGUGAUAGCGAAUCACUACAAUUGUUCAGCGAACCAGAAAUACAAUCCAACAACACUUUGCGGGCAGUUGGAAUAAUGACGGACCGGUUUUUGAUGAUCGUGCCAUGCAAUAUGACGGGGUCCGCUAAGACCAUGCCCAAAGGUCCCAACGCCAACGGCACCGAGGAAUGCUACAUCGGCUACAGUGUGGAUUUUAUCGACGCGCUGAGCAAUAUAACGAACUACACCUUCACAUUAUACAACAGUUCGGGGAAGUUUUAUUACGGGAAUCAGGUGGACGGGACGUGGACUGGCGCCGUGGGGGAGAUUUUACGCAAGGAUGCGGAUGUGGUCUUUGGUGAUCUGACGGUAAUUGCCGAGCGGGAAGCCGUGGUGGACUUCACGAUACCGUUUAUGAACGACGGGUUCAUCAUCCUGAUGAAGAAGGACAACGAGACCGCCGUGGACGUCUUCGGGUUCCUCCGGCCCUUCUCCAACAACCUGUGGCUGUCCAUUGUGCUGGCCAUUCUGGGGACCUUUGUCGUCAUCUUCUUUGUGGGGAGGGUCGGGCCGUCGGAAUGGCAUCGUCCGGAGCACUGUGAUCCGGAUGAGGUGGAGGGCAUCACCAACGACUACACGAUGGAAGAAAGCCUGUGGUUGACGGUGGCGACACUGCUCCAGCAAGGUCCCAAUAUUGAGCCCCGGUCGGUAGCUACCAAAAUUGCCGUGGGGGUGUGGUUCAUCUGGGCGUUGAUUAUCAGCCAGACCUACACGGCCAACCUCGCGGCAUUCCUGACCCUGAACCGGAUGGACUCCUCCAUCACCAGCGUCCGCGAUCUGGCCAACCAGGACAACGUCCGCUACGGCGUCCUGGAAGCCAAUCAGGCGUCGGCGUCCUUUUUCGCCCACUCCACCCAGGAGAUUUACCAGCGCAUGUGGAACGCCAUGAAACACCAUCACACCGGCGUGGAGGACGUGGCGGAGGGGGUGGAGCGAGUGCGGAACGGCGGCUUUGCCUUCAUCGGGCCGAAAUCGGUGGUGGACUACGCCAACCAGGGCAGGCCCUGUGAUACGCGGGUCGUGGGGGUGCCGUUGUUUUUUGCCAACUACGCGCUGGCGGUGCGGCGAGGGUCACCGCUGCGCCGGGAACUGUCGGCGGCGAUUUCGCGACUGCACGAGAACGGAGCGCUGGAUGCCAUGGAGAAAAAGUGGUUUACAAGAGGUAGUCAAAACGAUGCAUGCCAGGCUGUGGACGAAGGCGACUCGCAGGGAAAAAAGGAUUUGGAUAAGCUGACGCCAUUGGAACUGACCGGUCUGUUCAUCAUUCUGGCGGCCGGUCUGGGAAUUGCGAUGGUGCUGGCCAUCGCGGAAUAUCUGUACAAAGGGCACCGGAAGUUCCGCGCUCGUGGGGUUCUGACGCAAACCAUUUUUCUUACGGAUCAACACCGGAAACGACGCCCCAUGAAUAUACCCACAAACUACCGCAGCCCGUCGGAAUCGCACAGUGGAGUGUCGAGCUUACCCUCAUCCAGACGCGCUAGCUAAAAGUCCGUGUACCGGUUUUCCCAGCGUGGCUUCUGUGAAGUCGGUUUUUUUGUGACAGCAGUGCUUAUAUUUUUUUACGCAGUGCAGACGUACCGUUGAAUGGAAACGCGUAUCACGCUUUCCGCUUUGUAAUUUUUUAUAAUAUAAUGAUCGCUAAUCUGCUUACAAGAUGAAAACUUAAAGAUUAAGGCAAAAACCAGGGCUUUUCCCGCAGAAUCUAAAAGCAGCUUUGCUGCUAUCCGAAACCUAUUUUUCCCUCGUUCUGUAGCGAUUUACGUCGCCUAAUAAAUACUAAAUAUGUAAUCCAUAUACUCAAUUACUCAAAGAUUUAUAUCACAUAUGAACUUGAAUGUGCUUGAUAUUAUUUUUAUUUAUGUGGGUAUAUAAAAGACGCCGAUCGUAUGUUUUCUGAUUUAAGCAAAAA